AUGGAUGUGGUUUAUGGAAAAUACAAAGAGAUUGACUUCUACAACAUAUAUGCUCCAAUUUGCCUUUCGAACAACACAUCUUCAUCACAAGCUUAUUUUGGUAGUAAGGUGGGAAACUAUGGAUUGAAGAGGCCAAGAAUAUAUUCAGGGGGUUAUGACCCUUGCUUUUCAAAUCACCCACAAGUGUACUUCAACAGGGCAGUCGUACAAGCAUCACUUCAUGCAAAUACUAACAGAGGAAAUUCAAAUACUAGUGUUAAAUGGAGUGCUUGCAAUGAUAACAUUCUGAACAUAUACAACAUGACAGUUACAUCUGUCUUACCUGUCUACAAGAAGCUGAUACAAGGUGGUCUAAAGAUUUGGAUUUACAGUGGAGACGCGGAUGGUAGAGUUCCAGUGAUUGGAACAAGGUACUGGGUUGAAGCACUUGGGUUGCCAAUCAAGACAGACUGGCGUUCCUGGUACCAUCAACAUCAGGUAGGGGGAAGAUUAGUGGAAUAUGAAGGCUUAACGAUGGUUACUGUUCGAGGAGCAGGUCAUUUAGUACCUCUGAAUAAGCCUAGUGAAGCACUUGCUCUUUUCCAUUCUUUUUUGACUGGCCAAGAUCUUCCACCUAAAAGAUGAACACCUAGCUAUUAUUACUUAUUACUUAUUAGGGUGUGUUUGUUUAACGUACUGUUUUGACAAAUACCAAAUAAAAUGUGUAAAAUACAACAUACAGCUAGUAAUAAUUAAGUAUCUCUUUGUACAUUAUUAUGACAAUUAAUAUAUAUUCUGAAUCUAUA